UUUACAACAAAUAAAAAUAACUUUCCAGUAGUAUCUUAUUUUUAAAGCUGUGGUAGUGUGAGGCGCCGACAGAAUGAAACCUAAUUAUUCUGAUGCUGUAUUUUUCGAGCUUGAGUUUUACUUCCCAAUGUCAAUCAACUCGCCCAGGUGGGCCGUCAAUUUCCUCAAAGUGAAUGAGCUUUCAAAGAAAAAUCGAUAUUCUCAAAUGCCACUAAAAAUUACCGGACCGCGCCACAGGUGUUAACAACUUCGUCGCCGAGCGGGCACAGGAACUCAGCCACUUUUCGUUACAAAGAGCGAAAAAAAAAAAGGCAUCUUUCUGAUGGACGCACGUGACCGCCGACUGUCGCCACCACGCUUCCAACGAGGGGAGUAAAGGCCGCGCUUUAGAGCGACCGAACUUCAGUGGUGAGUCAGCGACGCGACUUUUGCCAGAAAAACUUGAGGAAAGCCCGGCGCCCCGGCAAGUUAUUUAUGCUCGACACUUUCGGAGACGUCCGCCUGCAGCGCAACGUCUCGGGUCAGUCGUUUCUUUGCUCGCUUGCUGCCGAGCUGUGCGACCGUGACACACCUAAAUGCUGCGCACGCGUGUUCUUAGCCUGCAGACACUCCUGACGUCUGGCAGACAACAGUGCCUGGAACCGGCGCUCCGUGAACAACUACGCCAUGUGCAAGUUUCUUCAAAACUUAAAAAAUGGUAAUGAAGUGGUCAGGUUUGAAUAGACUCAUUCUGCGCAGCGCCCAAGCGUGUAAGUACGAAUAGUAGGCGAGAGACAGGCACGAUCUAUCGGCCAACCUAUGCUGUCUCGUCGACGUGGAAGACGCUCGUUCAGCUCAGGACAUAAAUUUCAAUUCAUUCAGGUGUGGUCAAACCAAAGAUUUUUAGCACGGAACCAAGACGAGCAUCGGCUUUGCUUCUGUCGAGGAUCGCGAGCUAAUAACACAGGUAUCCAGUAAAGUCACGUGGACCGGCUACUGAUCAGGAGGUGACUGAAUCGGCAGGAGCUCCGAAUGUGGCUCGGUAUUUCGGCGUCACACGUACUGAAGGCCUGAACGACGUGCAUUUCCUGUGCUCGCACAGCCGGAAGUCCGUACGCAGUGCUCGAGCGUCGCGAAUGCCCCUGCCCUGCAGGGUAGGCCACUCUCAAGAGGCUCAACCAACGACCCACAGUCGCGUCGACGUCAGCUGACGGAGACGCUAGCGCCGCUCGACGUCUAGCGCGCGCUUGCGAUCGAAGCUCGUGACGUCACACGUUUUACCGGGACUCCGAAGCCGAGGCGGCGAUCAUGGCGGCGGAGGGUUGAACCACGCCAGCGGGCUCCGGCGCUUGGAAGUCGCUUGCUACCUUACGCCCACGCACGGCAGUGAUCCCCCGUCGGUGGUGGUCGCGGUGGACGGAUCAGCGCCGGCAGAAGCAGAGCCAGCAGCAGCAGUCAUGCCUCGGCUGGGACACUACAGCGAGAAGUACGAGCUGAACGGCAGCGGCUCCGAGCAGCCGGCCGCCUCGUACGGUUCCUUCCGAAGGGACGACCAGGGGGCGCUGCUGAGCCACGACCACCUGUUGAACGCCGCCGACGACGAGCUGGAGUCCCAGGCCAGCGAUCAUGGUCUCGUGAUGGGGCCCGUCCAGAACCAGGCGCCCUUGUUCUUCCGCGACGGAAAGCGAAGGAUCGACUACGUGCUGGUGUACGAGGACAGCGAAGGAGCACGACUGGGCAAACACGAUGAGUGGCGGUCCACCUUCAUGGCCAACCUGCGGCAGGCCGGACUCGACAUGGAGGAGGAGCUGGUGGAGGGCGACAACAAGUCGACGCACUUCAUCAAGCUCUCGGUGCCGUGGCCCGUGCUGCUCCGCUACGCCGAGGAGCUCUGCCUCCGCGCCCCGCUACAGGCACACCCAAAUCCGAGCGUCAACUGGUCGGCGGGUGUGCUGGCGGCGCUACGCAUCCCAAACAUUAUGGAGGCAGACGUUCCCAACAAGCCGCUCGACUAUUACACCUGUACCUUCAAGCGCUCCAAGUUGGACAGGUUUCUGGGCAGCGACAACCAGGAUGAGUACUUCACGGUGACGCAGCGGGUGUGCGUGGCCUACGAGAUCCUGCAGACGGCGCGCUACGGAGCGCGUCGCAAGGCGCAGAUUGGCAUCGACCGACUCAUCGAGGAAGGAGUCUACACAGCCGCAUUCCCUUUGCACGAGGGCGACUACCGAAAACCUGCGGGCAACGUGCCACCGUCUACGUGGAACCGGCGUCAAGUGUUGUACGAGUACUGGGCGCGCUGGUCUUGCUGGUACAAGUGCCAGCCGCUGGACCACAUCCGAGAGUACUUCGGCGAAAAGAUUGGCAUCUACUUCGCCUGGCUCGGGUUCUACACUGGCUGGCUACUGCCUGCUGCCGCCAUGGGUUUUCUCGUGUUUCUUUACGGUAUCUUCACCAUAAGCAACGAUGGCCCCACGAACGAGGUGUGCAACAGCGAAAAGAAGUACCGAAUGUGCCCGCGCUGUGACGAGAAGUACGGCUGCGACUACUGGUACAUCAGCGACAACUGCAUCUUCACCAAGAUCACUUACCUGUUCGAUCACCCGGGAACCGUCUUCUACGCUAUCUUCGUCUCCUUCUGGGCCGUGUCGUUUCUCGAGUACUGGAAGAGGAAGUCCGCCAGCCUGGCCCACCACUGGGACUGCAUGGAUUUCGAGGAGGAAGAGGAGCGUCCUCGGCCCGAAUUCGCUGCCAGAGCAUCGCACGUCGAGCGCAACCCAAUCACGGGGGCCAAGGAACCGGCCUUCCCCGCACGUGUGCGCAAGCAGAGGGUCGCCGCUGGCGUCGCCAUCUUGCUUCUCAUGAUUGCACUGGUGCUGGUGUUCAUGGUGUCGGUGAUCGUGUACCGAGUGCUGGUGUCGAUCCCCCUGUUCCGGAGUCAAUCGUUCAAGGGGCUCGCUUCGGUCAUUGCCAGCAGCUCGGGUGCGUUCGUCAACCUCAUCUUCAUCAUGAUCCUCGGGAAAGUCUACGAACGACUCGCAUAUCGGCUCACGCAGUGGGAAAUGCACCGCACGCAGACGGACUUCGACAACAACCUCACACUCAAAGUGUUCCUGUUCCAGUUUGUCAACUUCUAUUCGUCCAUUUUUUACAUUGCCUUCUUCAAGGGCAGGUUCGUUGGUUACCCGGGAAAAUAUGGACACCUUCUUGGCCUACGCAAUGAGGAGUGCAGUGGCAGCGACUGCCUGUCGGAGCUUGCCCAGCAGUUGGCGGUCAUUAUGGUGGGCAAGCAGAUGAUUAACAACGCACAGGAGAUCCUCGUACCGAAGAUAAAGGCGUGGUGGCAUCGUCACAAGACCAAGCUGGUGUACCGUGAGUCACUAACGCGUUGGGAGCAGGACUAUCAACUUAUUCAAAACGAGGGACUCUUCCAGGAAUAUCUCGAAAUGGUGCUGCAGUUCGGCUUCAUCACCAUCUUCGUGGCGGCGUUCCCGCUGGCACCGCUGUUCGCGCUGCUCAACAACUGGGUCGAGAUCCGGCUCGACGCGCAGAAGUUCGUCUGCGAGACGCGCCGGUGCGUGCCCGAGCGCGCCCAGAACAUCGGCAUUUGGUUCUCCAUCCUCGAGUUUCUCGCCAAGGCCGCCGUCAUCAGCAAUGCGUUCCUGAUCGCGUUCACCUCUGACUUCCUGACGAGGACGGUGUACCGGUACGAAUUCGACUGGGACCUCAAGGGCUACAUCAACUUCACGCUAGCGCAUGCGCCCAAGGGUUCGCUGUCGCUACCCUGCAGGUACCGUGACCUGAGGGAUGAGAACGGCAAUUGGACUUUCUUCCAUUGGAAGCUGCUGGCUGUGCGACUAGCUUUCGUCAUCAUAUUUGAGCACGUAGUCUUCUGCGUGUGCCGGCUUAUCGACCUGGUGGUGCCGGACAUCCCAAGCCAGUUGGAGCUGAAGAUCAAGCGCGAGCGAUACCUGGCCAAGCAGGCGCUCGCCGACUCGGAGACCAUCAUGAAGGUGGCGCAAAGAAAGGACGACGACGAUGACGAAGAGACCGAGGCACCGGCCGUCUGAAGAGCCUCGCUCCAAACAGCGAUCCAGCAUCAAGGACUGGAGCCACGGGCAGAGCUGUCCAAGACUACAGCGCGCGCCAGGAACAGAACACAUGCGCACUUUGUCACCUGCAAGCUGUUGUCCCGAUGGUUGUACUUGCAAGGUUUUGCGCGCCCAGCCUGCUUAAAAGUGACGUCAAAAAAGUGCUCGCGAGCUACUAAGGCAACAUUAAGUUCGUGAAGGCUCCAAGGAAAUGGUACCUUUUACCAUCGAGCACGGAGCUUCGCACCGGUACUUCAUAGGAACUGUAUAUUAGUUCCAGCGCAGCAUGAGACGUUUGAUUUAACAUACAAGCUCCUGGACGACGUCAUUAAAUGUUGAGGGGGAAAAUGUUGCGCACCAAAACAGUCAGCCUGACGAAAUUUUAUUGGCAAGCAGGUGCGAUAUCAUGCAACCUGUUUCAAGUACGAGUUUAUGCAUCGGGAAGUUCAACUUCACUAAUUUGGCCAUGUUAGUCUAAAGCAGGGCGAUACUAUUUACACGUUUUGUAUAAUGAGUGGUGCAUCGCGUGCAGCGAGGCAGGCAUAAAUGGCUCUCCCUGCUAAUUCACGAGAUUCACCGCUCUAAAAUUUUGCACUGAGGUGUACUUCGGUUUCAAUUGUGUUUAAUUUCAAGUUCUGGGGCUGUACUUGUCUCUUUCAUCCUAAAGCGAUCGAGAGCAGAAGAAGAUGGAAGGCAGGGAAUCCGAGAAAUUCGGAAAACGAAUAUUAAGAGCAAAAGAAAGGACAGUGCGUGUUGUCUCCCGUGAUAUCGGGCCGAAAAUGCAGGUUUUCUCAAUAGGAAUUACUGCACCGAUGACUACGAUAAUGAAUCACCACCCUGAAAGUGUAGAGAGGUUUUACUACAGAAGCGACGGGUGCUGCCGCUCCUUCUGGUGAGGGAAACCUGCAUUUUGCAUUCCCGCAGACAUCCGGCACUUCGGACUCCUUCGACGAAAGAGGCAAGUGACGCAGCAAAACUUGAUUUUAGACUAAAGCCACGGCAAAAUGUCGCACCUGUGCAUUUAGCUCGAAUGACCGGUCUCCGUCUGCAAUGCAACGUUUAAUGUUGAAUGCGCUUAGGCUUAAGUGUAACUAGGUAGACAAUAGAGUCGGCGAAGUGAACAUGCGUCUUGGACUCAGUUGGUCGACCUAGCCUGUCGGUCUUGACGUCAGGGCAUUCUCACACCGGAUGCGAUAGUCGUAAGGAGCUAAUUUUACAAUUCUGAACCGGUUUCAGCCAUUCCAGCACUAGUAAGUACGACCAAGAAAUGGUGUUCGUCAUUCCUCGUGAACAUUUGUCUUGUGGCGACAAAAGCUAACUUUGCGCUCAGGAGCUGUUCAUUGACCCACACCCAGCUGGCUGUUGAUGAGUGUGGUACUGUUGCUCCGUGUUGGUCGUAACAUGUCGUGAAGUCCAUAUCAUACCAUGAGUCGCUGCGUUCAAAACAUGUUAUUAUAAAGGCGCUCACUCACACGCAUACUCAUCCGAAGCUUUCUUGACAUUCCCUCAGGUGCUGGCUUCCCACAACGUGCCACGUGACGGUCAGGGGCAUUCAAAAAUUGCGUCAUAUGACCGUUCUGGCGUCAGAUUUGACAGCGUCCUUUUCCAUCCUUUCCUAACGUUUCUGCGCAUUACAGGCGAGAAUUGGCUUACGUUUCUCGAUUCGUGAGAACUGCCUACAUGCAUGCACAUAAACAUGUGUACGCACGUGCAUGCCAUGCAGGAGUGCAUCUUUUUUAUCCUUUUAUAUUAUAUUCUUUAAUUUUAUUUUCUCGAUAUGGCUUGUGGCAAAUUUUUCUCAUUAAAAAUGAUAUCUGCCCAAAUCAUAAACACCAUUAAAUUCAACUAAAGGCUUUACCAGUGACAACACGCGGACACGUGCAAACGAAGUACCAUUCUAAGCUUUGGACGCUUGAAAUAAAUCUUUACUCCCAAUCACACCGAGCGGAAUAUUUUUUUUUUUUUUUUUGACGACCACAAGGUUUGCGUCUUCCUUUGUGGAUGACGGAGUGUUUUUCAUUCUUAUCACUGCUAAUAGUCAUCUUAUUGUCAUUUAUGACUAUCGGAAAUGUCACCCUGAAUGUGGCGGGGCCGAUGAAGUUAUCAAAGUUACGAAGCACUUAACUCGUUUAGGGGUUGAGACAGAUAAUCUGAAGAGGCCUUGAAAAUGAACGGCUAUAUUAGCAAAGAUUUACCUAUCACCGCCCUGAUCUUGAAUCUUUCAUAAGGCUUAUUGUUACCGUUUAUACGACUCACGCUGGCCCCCACUGAAAUAAAUUCGUGCCAAUAUUCGUCGCCUUGGUAGCCUCUGAUGUCACUGGCUAUCUGUAGCUCGGUAUUUUUUAUCUGCUCUUUUCUCCUCAUCUUUUCUGCCCUUACUCCAUCCCCCUGUGCACAGCAGCCAACCGGGUACUUAAUCUGGUUAAUCUAUCUGCCUUUCACUUCUAGUUCAUGUCUGUCUCUGGCUGCUCUGUGGUGGAUUGGCGCUGAUUUGUGAAAAAUACUUUGCUGGUAUAAGUUGAAAAUUUCUCGCUUCAUAUUUGUUCCUUGUGUUACGUCCUAUACAUAAACUAGAGAAAAACGAAGCCCCCUUUCGAAACCAAUGCUUCUGGGGGACAUUAUAGAGUCUUGUCUUUGACAUUCAGAUACGCCAACCUUCCGUCUUAGAGUUGCCUAAGGGAAGCGCUUCGCAAUGCCACAAGUCUGCUUUCCUACUGUUGCCCAUCCCAACAACCAUUUCGAGGCACUCCUCCAAGCUACUACCACGUCAGCGCUUGUGACAUGACAUCAUGCACUUCUUCUCCAGCGGUGGAUAACCCUCUUCCAGGCUAUUUGUCCCACGUCAUAACAACAGUAUCCACCAGCCCUGUGCCCUAUAAAACAUGUCGACCGCCUAAUGUUUGUUAUGAUGUUUCGCGAACUUUUCCACGUGAGCAAUUUGAAUGGGAUGAAUGAAAUUCUUCCUCUUCAUCCGCGGGAGUAAAUAUUGCAUGAAUCGGCUCCCGGUGACCAAAUGCCAGAUAAUCAACUGUUUGUGUACGCUGAAGCUUUUACUUAACACUGGUCUGGUUUCAAGAGUGGCAGCAAUGCCUGAUGUUUACGCGGAUGUGCCACGCACAUGGCGUCCGCCACCCUCGUUAACUGUUAUGCGCAUUUCCCGGACACCACUUGUAAGCUAAACCCUUCGAGAUACUCACUGUCGGCCAGCUGCAAAGCGCGCGUCUUUUGCUACACUUGUGCAUGCGUGACAUUCCCCUCAUUGAGCGACGUGCACGGUGUGGUCCACGCGCCUACCUUCGAUUCUCAUCUCUACAGUACAAGAGACGUGCUUGUUUUACAAUUGGAACUGGAAGUGACACUAGACCAUAAGGUUGUUUCCUCGAUAGUUGUUAUUGUCUGUUCUCUAUAGCGCCUCUUUAUGCAGCUCACCGAUUUAUCACUGAUGUUAUUGUUGCACAGUUUUUAAUGGGCUGUUGUCAAUAUGACUGUGGUUUUGCUGUACAUACAUUUUGUAAUAAACCCGCUCCUUGUUGUGUCA